AUGUCGAUGAACGACGCUGAAGUACAUCUAUUACCUUUAAUUGGUAAUAAUGGUUUCGAUAAUUCAUCAAGUGAAUCAGAAGAUGAUGAUUCUAUCGAAGUCGUGUCAAAUGUGGAUGAAGAAGAGAACAAAAUUAUUGAUAUGACAAAAUAUUUAACAUUCAGCUCCAAUGAUGAAUCGGAAAUUGAUGAUAACGCUAAUGAUAUUAUAUUACUUGAUAAUCAUGUUGUUCAAUGCUGUAACACUAAUGAUCGUAUUCAAAGUUCUGCAUCUGAUGGUACAUGUUUAGAUUCUGGUUCUGAUGUAGCAGAUGAUGAUGUAAAUGAAAANAUUUGGAUCUAA